AUGAAUUUUGAAUUUGAGAGGGAGAUUGGGUUUAUAAACAGCCAGCCAUCGCUCGCCGAGUGUCUGACUUCCUUCCCCGCUGUCUUGGAGACAUUUCAAACUUCAUCAAUCAAGGAGUCGACAUUAAUUCCUCCUCCUCCUCCUUGCGAGCAAACCUUCCCCAGCCUCCAGCUCGGCGCCUCCACCCUUCAGAGACCCGGGAGCCAAAAGCCAGCCGGAGAUGGGCCCGCUCCGCCGCCGCCGCCGCCGCCGCCCGCCGCCCCCCGGGCCCCCGAGUUCCCCUGGAUGAGGGAGAAGAAAUCCGCCAGGAAGCCCGGCCCCGCGGCGCCGUCUCCCCCGGCCGCCUCCUCCGCCCCAGCCUCCGGGGCCGGCUCGCCCACAGACGGCCCUGGGCUGGCGGAGGCGGCGGGCGGCGGGGCGCGCAGGCUGCGCACCGCCUACACCAACACGCAGCUGCUGGAGCUGGAGAAGGAGUUCCACUUCAACAAGUACCUGUGCCGGCCGCGCCGCGUGGAGAUCGCGGCCCUGCUGGACCUCACCGAGCGGCAGGUCAAGGUGUGGUUCCAGAACCGCCGCAUGAAGCACAAGCGGCAGACGCAGCACCGGGAGCCGCCCGACGGGGAGCCGGCCGGCCCGGGCGCCCUGGAGGACACCGGCGAGCCCGCCCCGGAGCCCGCGGCCAGCCCCGGCCGCCUCUCCGCCCCGCGGGAAGCCUGCUCGCACCCGUCCGAGGCCGCGCCGGGCCUCCCGGGCGCUCCGUGCGCCCCCGCGCCUGUGGCCUCCCGCCCCGACGGCGCGGGGACGCCGAGCCCCGGCUGCGCCCCGCGCGGGCCCCGCGGGCUGGACCCGGAGCUGCUGCCCGAGGAGGCCUUCCCGGAGCGGCAGGACUCGCCGUUCCUGCCCGACCUCAACUUCUUCGCGGCCGACUCCUGCCUCCCGCUGUCCGGAGGCCUCUCCCCCGGCCCGCAGGGCUCGCUCCACAGCCCGGUUCCCUUCUCCGAGGAGGACCUGGACUUCUUUACCAGCACCCUCUGUGCCAUCGAUCUGCAGUUCCCCUGA